UUAUGAUGGGUUCCCACCAUCCCUGUGCUGAGUUCCCGGGCCUGUACACCCGCUUUGUCCAUUAUGAGAGGUUCCUACCAUCCCUGUGCCAAGUUCCCAGGUCUAUACGCCCGCUGUGCCCAUUAUGAGGGGUUCCCGCCAUCCCUGUGCAGAGUUCCCGGGUCUUUACGCCCCGCUUUGCCCAUUAUGAGGGGUUCCCGCCAUCCCUGUGCAGAGUUCCCAGGUCUUUACGCCCGCUUUGCCCAUUAUGAGGGGUUACCACCAUCCCUGUGCCAAGUUCCCAGGUCUAUACGCCCGCUGUGCCCA